AUGCGCUUAGUCUUCAGUGAGCCAACCACCCCGACGCUGAGUCGCCAAAACACCUCUCUGCAGGGGCGACACCACCAACGGCGGUUGACACACCCGCAUCUGUUGUCGUCGCGAAAGAAGCCAAGAAGGUUCUGGGACGGUCGCAAUGCCAUGAGCACGAUGAACACCUGCUUGCGAAACUUGACCCGUACCAUUGUCACUAACAGCUACAGCUCAACCCGUGGCCCUCCCACACUCGCCGAGCGCGAGGAUAUCGAACGUACCAUCCGUAUUCUCAUGGCUAUCCCCUUCGCAGUGAAGAAUCACCUGCGUGCUGAAUGGGGAGCAGCCUGGGCCAUUGGCGGUGCGUUUGGAAAUGACGUGGAUGAGCGCGGCACCGCGGCGUAUAACCCUGACUACGCGGGGUUGCUCCCAGCUGGAUUGGAGGGCCACGAAGACGAGGGACUUGGGCUCCCGUAUCAACUUACCUUUUUCGUCGAUGGGUUUAUCAAGCGCGGUGAAGACCGCGGCUGGUUCAAUGCGCCCGGCGCGAGUCAAAUGCAGGCACAGCUGAACACGUUUUUGGAUGCGUAUGGGAAAAUGGAGACGAUUAAGCUGACUCCGAUGCCAGUGGCUCAUCUGUAA